AACGACACCUCUGCCAAGUAGCUUCGUAAAAAAUUUGUCAAAGCCGGGGUAAAUCGAAAACAAAAACGUAGAAACGUGGUGCGAAGUAAAAAUUGCAAUCGCAGACAAAAGCGCACACGGUACGCAAAAGUUUGCAUUUCAAGAGUCAAUUUCCCUGCUGAGUUUGCUGCAUAAGUUCGAGAUUGUGAAAAUGGUCAAGCAUCUGGACAAUGGACUUGUGUUCUACCGACUGAUGCUGAGCUUUCCGCUAAGAAUUGCACUGUAUGCGGUGUACGUUUACCUGGAGAAUUUGCUGGGGCUGAUGCUUUUGAUCCAGGAAGUUCUGGUCCUUCAAUUUCUAUUCCUCUGCAUGGUCAUCCGGUGGGUAUACCCACCGUGGCCAGCAAAUGGUAUCGCUUCAUCGCUGAGGUUUCGCACACGGAAAGCCCUCCAGAUCUUCCUGACCAUCUGGAUCGUAUUGCUCAACACGACCACCUAUACGUGGAGCAUCCCAUGCCAGGGCAUCAUGCAACUCAGCCGACUAUUCCGGAUAUGCGCCUAUAGUCGCACCUGGAUCAUGAUACAGCGCCACAAUGGCGCCCGACGCUGAAAAAUUAUCCUGCGAGAGCAAUAAACGUUCGCAAGUGCAUGAAAUUUAAUGCUCGGUUGGUGGACUCAAAUCCGCAUUGCUCUGCGCGGUAUUUGGAGUAAAGCAGGGUAUAAGUGGUUAAUAAAAAUUGAACUAAAAAU